CGGGAGGAACGCGCCGACACGCGGAGGCGCGGCGCAAAGUGCUUCAGCGGCGACCGUGCCACACGAGCCACAGGAGCCGCAGUGCCGACCGUCGGGGCGAGCGUCAGGGGCCGCCGGACGGGCCGGGCGCUGCGAGCACGCGCACUCUCUGAUCCGGCCGCUGUGGCAAGGGGCUGACCGUGAGCGCCAUGACGGCGACGCCAGCCAACGACAGCGGCUUCCCCAUGGCGGCCAUGCGCUCUGGCUACGAUCUGCCGGUGUACGGCUUGGACGACGGCAACUUCUACAAUCUUCACGUGGUAGCGCUGGGGAUCAUCGCCUGCAGCCUCGCCUGCGCCGUCACCGUCGUCGUCUGGAGCUUCCGCACGCACAACACCAAGUUCUUCACCUGGUCGCAAGGGGAGCGGAUAGCAGUGUACAUGGCCUUCUGCGACGGCUUGUUCAACAUCUCGCACUGUCUGGACCACCUGCACUACGUCAUCCAGCGCAACCACGUCACGCCGGCCGGGCUCUGCGUCUUCUACGCCAUGUUCCUGGUGGAGUUCAUGACGUCACAGAUCCUGCUCGUCAACAUCACCGCCAUCAACGCCUUCACGCUGGUGUACCGGCGGCGCGCGCUGGACUUCGGCGCCGACGACCGCCGCCUGCUGUUGUACGUGUACGGCGUACCCAGCGUACUGGCCUGCUGCCUGGCGGCGGCCGGCCAGCUGGGACCCAGCGGCGCCUUGUGA